ACUUAAGCUGUCAAGCUAAUUCUCAGGUCUCUCAUUGGUUUAACCGCACCCCAAUCGAUUCUUGCAACAGAAGCUCUACUUCACUAAUGUCAUUCGGUGGCCUAGUAUUAAAUAAAGCUACGGUUACAAGGGUAGAAGGUUGCGUCGGAUUAAAGAGCACGACAUCGCCUCUGUUGUCGAAUUUAGGAAUAGGACAGGAGGCAUUCACCAAGCCUUAAUAACGACAUUACUAUUGACAGAGAUGCUACUGAUUUAAAGGACUAUGGCAUCCUUAUGAUUUUCUCGGAUCAUGCAAAAGUCCGUAGUAAAUAGCAUAUGUAGCCUCCGCUGUUAGUUGGUUCAUCGGAUAGGCUGCAGUUCUGUUUAGCUUUUAGAUUCUGCAAUUGUGUUAGCUUUAAUGCGUUUACCCUUCAAGAUACAAUUUCAUUAGAAUAGUUACUGGCGUACAAUCAGCGGAAGAACUAUUGCACUGGGAUGGACAGUGCCCAUACAAAGACGGUUGAGGAGGUGUUGGGGUACUUCUCUGUGAAUGAGUCAACUGGAGUAAGCUCUGAGCAGCUGAGGAAAGGUCGGGAGACAUGGGGCCCAAAUGAGUUGCCUGCUGAAGAAGGGAAGUCCUUAUGGUCGCUUGUUCUGGAGCAGUUUGAGGAUCUGCUGGUGCGGAUCCUCUUGCUGGCAGCCUGUAUCUCUUUUACCUUGGCCUGGUUUGAGGAGGGAGAAGGCACCAUCACAGCCUUUGUGGAGCCCUUUGUCAUUCUCCUCAUCCUCAUUGCAAAUGCUAUUGUUGGGGUGUGGCAGGAACGCAACGCAGAGAAUGCCAUCGAGGCACUGAAGGAGUAUGAGCCCGAGAUGGGCAAGGUGUAUCGCCAGGACAGGAAGAGUGUCCAGCGGGUCCGGGCCAGAGAGAUUGUACCAGGGGACAUAGUGGAGGUGGCAGUGGGUGACAAGGUCCCAGCAGACAUCCGCCUGACCUCCAUCCGCUCCACCACACUACGAGUGGACCAGUCCAUUUUAACAGGGGAGUCCGUGUCUGUGCUGAAGCACACCGACCCGGUGCCUGAUCCGCGUGCUGUCAACCAGGACAAGAAGAACAUGCUAUUCUCGGGUACGAACAUCGCUGCAGGCAGAGCCAUGGGGGUGGUGGUGGCCACGGGGGUGCACACAGAGAUCGGGAAGAUCCGUGACGAAAUGGCGGCCACAGACCCAGAGAGGACCCCCCUGCAGCAGAAACUGGACCAGUUUGGGGAGCAGCUGUCCAAGGUGAUCACAUUGAUCUGUGUGGCAGUGUGGGGCAUCAACAUCGGCCACUUCAGUGACCCUGUGCAUGGAGGCAGUUGGCUUAGGGGCGCGGUCUACUACUUCAAGAUUGCUGUGGCGCUUGCAGUAGCUGCCAUCCCUGAAGGUCUACCCGCUGUGAUCACCACCUGCUUGGCACUGGGCACCCGCCGCAUGGCACGGAAGAAUGCCAUAGUCCGCUCAUUGCCGUCAGUGGAGACGCUAGGCUGUACCUCCGUCAUCUGCUCCGACAAGACGGGCACCCUCACCACCAAUCAGAUGUCUGUCUGCAGGUUGUUUGUUAUGGAUAGUGUGUCUGGUGACAGAUGCAUCCUGAAUGAGUUUACAGUGACUGGAUCUACUUACGCUCCUGAGGGUGAAGCGUAUAAGGAUGGUGCAGCAGUGCGCUGUAGUCAGUAUGAAGGCUUGGUGGAGUUGGCUACCAUUUGCGCACUAUGUAAUGACUCAUCCUUAGACUACAAUGAGUCAAAGGGUGUGUUUGAGAAGGUGGGAGAAGCCACAGAGACGGCGCUGUGCUGUCUGGUGGAGAAGAUGAACGUGUUUGACACUGACCUAAGGGGCCUCAGCCCAGUGGAGAGAGCUAACGCCUGCUGCUCGGUGAUUAAGCAGUUGAUGAGGAAGGAGCUGACACUGGAGUUCUCUCGAGACAGAAAGUCUAUGUCUGUCUUCUGCUCCCCCAACAAGCUCACCAGGUCCACCUCCGGUGCCAAGAUGUUUGUAAAGGGUGCUCCAGAGAGCGUGCUGGAGCGCUGCACCUGGAUGCGUUUGGGUGGGGGUGUCCGGCUGCCCAUGACAGCGGGCCUGAGAGAGCAGCUGCUGGAGACGGUGAGGGAGUGGACCUCGGGCCGCGACACGCUGCGCUGCCUGGCCAUGGCCACCCGCGACGUCCCGCCAGACCCGCGCACGCUCAACGUUGAGAACUGCGCUACGUUUGCCAACUAUGAGUCGGACCUCACAUUUAUUGGGUGUGUGGGGAUGUUGGACCCUCCGAGGAAAGAAGUGCUUAAUGCCGUCCGAAUGUGCAGACAAGCAGGCAUACGAGUCAUCAUGAUCACCGGGGACAACAAGAACACCGCCAUGUCCAUCUGCCGACGCGUGGGCAUCAUCACCGAGCAGGAGGAAGAGGAGGGCCAGGGCGGGCCCUUCAGGGGGGGUCUGACUGGCAGGGAGUUCGAUGAGCUGCCUCCCCACCUCCAGAGACAGGCCUGCCGCACCGCCCGCUGCUUCGCCCGCGUGGAGCCCACCCACAAGAGCCGCAUCGUAGAGUACCUGCAGAGCCUCAAUGACAUCACAGCCAUGACUGGCGAUGGCGUGAACGAUGCCCCGGCCCUGAAAAAAGCAGAGAUCGGCAUCGCGAUGGGCUCAGGGACAGCGGUUGCCAAGUCCGCCUCCGAGAUGAUCCUGGCGGAUGAUAACUUCUCUACCAUUGUUGCGGCCGUAGAAGAGGGCAGGGCCAUCUACAACAACAUGAAGCAGUUCAUCCGCUACCUGAUCUCCUCCAACAUCGGAGAGGUGGUCUGUAUUUUCCUGACAGCAGCUCUGGGAAUGCCUGAGGCCCUGAUCCCAGUGCAGCUGCUGUGGGUGAACCUGGUGACAGACGGCUUCCCAGCCACGGCCCUGGGCUUUAACCCCCCCGACCUGGACAUCAUGUCCCGGCCCCCACGCAACCCCAAAGAGCCCCUCAUCUCUGCCUGGCUCUUCUGCAGAUAUCUCAUCAUUGGCUGUUAUGUCGGAGCUGCCACCGUGGGUGCGGCUGCCUGGUGGUUUAUGGCUGCUCAAGACGGCCCCAAACUCUCCUUCUACCAGCUGUCCCAUUACCUGCAGUGCAGUGAAGGCAGUGCUGAGUUUGCUGGGGUGCAAUGCUCUGUCUUUGAGUCUCCCUACCCUAUGACCAUGGCUCUGUCUGUACUCGUUACUAUAGAGAUGUGCAACGCACUGAACAGCUUGUCAGAAAAUCAGUCCCUGUUGAAGAUGCCUCCGUGGUCCAACCCCUGGCUGGUGGGGGCCAUCUGCCUCUCCAUGGCGCUUCACUUCCUUAUCCUCUACGUUGACCCCCUGCCCGUGGUUUUCCAGAUCCGGCCACUCUCCUGGCACCAGUGGGUGACUGUGCUGAAGAUGUCCCUGCCAGUCAUCAUGAUGGACGAGGCCCUUAAGUUCCUGGCACGGAACUACAUUGAGCCCGGCAAUGAGCUAGAGCAGGACGAGGAGGAGCGCCCGCACGGCCACAGCGACGGGGCAGCAGGCAGGCUGGUGGGGUCGGUGAAAAGAGCCCUGAAGGGUGUUUCGUGGACCUUCGUCUUCAUCUCUGCCCCUCUGCUGCUGUGGAUCUACAGCCUGGACUCAGACAUCACCAACAUCUUCUGGGAGUGAGAGAGAGGAGUCAUGCGGAGGAGAGGGGAGGGGGAGAGGGAGAGGGCUGAUUGGGAUGGGAUGGGGAAAGGAGUAGGUGGGAAGGUUAUGGAAAAGGAAGAAGGAAGUGGUCAUGGGAAGGAUGGACAUGAUCAUGGGCGAGUUAGUUGAAGAGUAAUGUGUAAACAAGGAUAAAAAAAAAAACAGGUGCAGAGUGUGUGUGUGUGUGUGUGUGAGAGAGAGAAAGAGAGAGAGAGAAGAGGAAAUGAUGAGUGUGUGUUUGAGGGAAAUAUAGUAAGAUUGAGAGAAGAUGUGGAUAGUCGCCAGGCAGUGACAACCAGUCUGAAGCAGGCCAAUGUGAGAGUGCUUUUCAUCCAUCCCAUCCUCAUUUGUUGUAGACCAUCAAAGCAACACCAGGUGUUUGGAAAAAUUAUGGGGAACUGAUUGUUCCAGAUGAUUGGCACAGAUGUUCAUCAUGGCAUUCAUAGAAAAAUCCACAAACAGUUGUUCAGUGAUGAGAGAGAUAAAUAAAGAGAGAGAGAGAGAGAUCAGAAUGUGUUAGAGAACCUUAAAUGGCAAGCUGACAGCUAUUCCUCAUUCUGUACCAAGAAUGCGUGGUACACUUGAGUUCUGUUCUAGUCCUGGGCUUACUCAACAAGGAUAUUGAAACCUAGCAUAUUCUAUAUUUUCAUUAGUGAACAACGUUUAAUUUUGCCACAGCACUGAUUAAUAUGCGAUAUUCCAGUUAUAUAUUAUUUCUCUGUAUUGCCCAACCUGUUGCUUCAGACCUCACUGGCCUUGGGAAAUCCCAUAUUUACCUUAAGAGUCAGUCACUUCUGCCUGUAUCUUUGAAUACAGCUUUUGCAUCAUUCCAGCUGGACCUAAUAUAGGAGACAUUAUAAACCCAGCCCAGCUUUGAUCUCACUCCAGCUGAUAUCUAAUUCGUAUAAAUUCCAGUUGAUUAAUCAUACACAACUGUACACAACUUCUUACUCACUUUCUUCCAAAGCCCAAUAAGUGUCAUGGGGAAAUAACAUCUCCAGGGAAAUUCUCUCUUUGAAGACCUUUUUUUAGGAAGCCAUCCCAGUGGACCACCAUCACCCCUCUCUCAUGCCAUGUAGAGUGAGUCUGUUGUGACACUACUCAUAAUGGAGGAGUGUGCUACGCAGCCUGCUUCAGAGAUAGCCUUCUCUGGCUCUACAGCUCCAUCUAGAGGCAGCGCUGUGCUUUCAAAUGUCUGAUUUUCUAAUAAUGAUGCGCGUGCACGCUCACCCACACACACUCGCCCUCACCCACACAAACGCACACAAUUACACACAGAAAAACAUGAACAUGUUUACUUUUUACUUUCAAAUUGCACACAUUUUAUUUAUUUAUUAUUAUUAUUAUUAUUAUUACUAUUCUGGUUAUUAUUCUUUUUGUUAAUCAUUUGUACCCAUUAUAAUGGUUUUGAUGUUGUGACUUGACUGCUGUAGUUCUCCAGUGCCGUUUGUUCUUCCGUUUCCUCUUUCCUGUGGGCUACAGCGUGAAGAAUCACUGCAUUUUUCAGAGAAACUAAUGCCCGGGUGGUAGGUUGAAUGUAUGAAAGACAGGUGUAAUAUAGCAGUUGGCUAUUGAGAAAUGUUGUUGGCUGUAUUGCAAGGAGGAAAGCAGUGACAUGUCUUGUCUGUGGGCAUUCCUUACUCUCACUUGAGUGUGGAUUGUUUUCUUUUGAUUCCAGUAAGCAAAAAAAGGGAAACAGCAUAAUAAAUUCUUGUUCUUUUUUAAACAGAUUUUGAAAUACCUUCUUUCUUUCUUUAAAAAUGAAGGGAAUUAAUUUGUAGUACUUUGUGAUGAAUAAUGAAAACCAUUACUGUUACUUUCCUUCUGUUCAUCUGCAGAAAAUGGGAAAUGCUUCAUGGAAUGGAAAUACCAAUAAACAGUUCACUACUA